AUGUACAUUUCCUCCAGAUUAUUCCCUUUUGACGUGGCUCUAGCCGUGUCUCCGACGCCCCAACAUGCUCGCCAACCCUCCGCCUCCUCUGGUGCCUCUGGCUGCGCAGCCUUUUCCUCAAGCUCCCGAAGCAGUUCGCAGGCACGCUCCAUGGACAGGCAUAACCCGAGGCGCAAGACCCAGCCGAUUACACUAGACGACUUGGCCAGAGCCAAUCUCCGUGUUCUCGGUGGACUAGAAGGCUCCACACUUGGUGAGAACGCCGGCCUUAAGAAGGCCCCCCAACUGGUAUGA